AGAAAAUUCUGGUCGCCCCGAAGCCGUGAUGCCUGUCCUCGUUUCCCUUGCACGCUCAUUCUGCAAAAAAAAAAAAAACCUUUCCUCGCCAUUUUGCACGGGUUCUCCGGAUCCUGCGAAACGCACGUGUUGUCGUUGUGCAAGUUGAAGGAACGUUUAUUUGUCCUGGUGAAACUUCUUGUUCCUGUGGAAACCGGUGCGUCAGCGCAGAGUGUGUGAGCGUGCAGCGGAGGGACCGGAGCCUCGCGAUCAGGGACCCAGUCGGCCGUCGGUCGUGACGCAGCAGCAUCAUCCGAUCGCUCCGUCCUCACCGAAGAGGCGCUGAGAGCUGCCGCAGUUCGCCAUUUUCAUGCAUCACUUUAAGCUUCCUUUCACACAGCUAUACGCCGCUUUACUUCGGGUUAUUCAUUCAAUAGAAAAAAGGCGUAUUGGAGUUUGUUUUUUGUUAUACUUUAGAUUUAGAUAUUUUUGCCUCUUUUCACAUUUCUUUGUUUUAAAAAAGAAAAUGUUUUUAUCUCCUGCAGGUUGGUUUUUGCGAUCCGCGUCCAGCACAUGCGGGAGAGCCCGAGCGAGCCGAAGAAGAAGCUCGUAGUCCUUCCCACCGUGCCACCCGCCCUCCAAUCAGACGGCUGCAUUUGACCGCGGCGAGCCAACGACGCCGGGCCCUCGAUUCUCCUUUUGAAGCGGGCCGCUCCAAUAGCGCCCGGCCGGCGGGGUUUUCGCUGCUUAUAAGAGCAUGUUGCCAAUGCUCUCCCUCUGCUCCAUCAUCUGGCUCAACCGGGGUCUCAAGCUGAGGAAAGUGCACAAGUCCACCAACACCGGUCAGGUCUGAAGCCGCUGCCCCUCCCACCCCCUCCACCCGGACCGAGCAGCAGCCGAACGCCACCGCAUCGACUUUUAACAAUGCUUCUGACCUUCGGCUGACGGACGCUCCGUUCCCCUCGGCGCCGUACCGACAUCGCUUUAGUGACUCAACCGCCUUUUCGGUUUCCGAGGAGGAUUUCUCGAGUCGUCGUAGCGCGACCCGGACUGUACCAUCGAAUCCUCUAUCCGGUAGCCAUUUUGAUUUGUCCUCCCAAACAAAAUGGCGACGGAAGGUUUUCAGUACGUUGCCCUCCACGCGUUCACUAAGGACCAGGAGGAGGACCUGGAUCUGCAGCCCGGGGACCUUCUGACGGUCAGCGAGGCCUCUCUGCUGUCCAUGGAGAACUACCAGGAGGGCUGCGAGCAGCAGCCCGAGCUCCUCGGCUGGCUGCUUGGGUACAACGAGCGCACUAAACAGCGAGGCGACUUCCCGGGGACGUACGUAGAGUACGUGGGCCCUGUGAAGAUGGCGCUGCCAGCGAGUCAACCCAGGUCCCAGCGACCCCUCCCGGUCGCUCCGCGGCCAGAGUCACUUCAAGCUGUUUCUGCGCUGGAGCUGAGCGAGCAGUUCACGCCGCCGGAGACGGCUCCCCCGGCCCUCGCCGGCCUCAUCCAGGCCCUGGAGAAGAGAGGUCUGGACUGCAAGAUAUUGUACAGGACCAAUGAUUCCUCAGGUUCAGACAGCCCAGUAUACAGCCUGAGCUCCGAGAGUGAAGUGUGUCAGAAAGACGUGGGGUACCUCUCCGAGUGUGUGCUGAGCUACCUGAGAGACCUGCCGUCGCCCGUCAUCCCUCCCUGUUUCUACGCUCCCCUUCAAACUGCUGUCGCACUGCAGCAGCAGGUCCUACAGCAGUCGGCAGACGGUGCAGUCGCUGGAAGCCAUGGCAGGGAGGUGAGCCUGGUCCUCGAGAGCUCCCCUUCCGUCCCCCUCCAUCACCGUCUCACGCUGCAGUACCUCCUCACGCACCUGGCCAAGGUCACUCACUUGCAGGCCAGCAAUGGCCUGGAUACGCACACGCUGGGGAAGAUCUUUGGACCACUGCUGAUACGAACCGGCCCCUCCACGCCUUGGUUGUCUGGGGAUGAUGAGUUGCCGGCCCUCGUAGUGGAAAGGCUUCUGAUCGAGAGAACGACGGAGCAGGACCUCGCUCCCCCAGUUCUUCCAGCAAAGCCAGUCAAGUCACAAUUGGCACCUUUAGCCAUGGCAGACACAAGCAGCCUGAACGAUGCUGCCGAGUGGUACUGGGGAGAAAUCUCAAGAGAGGAGGUGAACGAGAAGCUGCGAGACACUCCAGACGGCACCUUCCUGGUCCGAGACGCCUCUAGUAGACUGGAGGGCGAGUACACGCUCACCCUCAGGAAAGGGGGGAACAACAAGCUUAUAAAGAUUUACUACCGAGACGGGAGGUACGGCUUCUCUGAGCCGCUUACCUUCCUGUCCGUGGUGGAGCUCAUCGAUCACUAUCGCCACGAGUCUCUGGCCCAGUACAACGGCAAACUGGACACCAAGCUUCUGUUCCCUGUCUCCAAGUACCAGCAGUUGGUCAAGGAGAACAGCAUAGAAGAGGUGGGAGAGCAGCUGAAGGUCUACCAUGAGCAGUACCAGGAGAAGAGCCGCGAGUACGACUCCCUGUACGAGGAAUACACUCGCACCUCACAGGAGCUGCAGAUGAAGCGCACAGCCAUCGAGGCCUUCAAUGAGACCAUCAAAAUCUUUGAGGAGCAGUGUGAGACUCAGGAGCGCUACAGCAGAGAGUCUUUGGAGAAAUUCCAACGCGAGGGCAACGAAAAGGAGAUUCAAAAAAUCCAGAGCAACUCUGAGCGCUUGAAGUCUCGUGUGAAGGAGAUCCACGACAGCAAGCGUAAGCUGGAGCAGGACCUGAGACAGCAGGUCUCAGAUAACAGAGAGAUCGACAAAAAGAUGAACAGCCUCAAGCCAGAUCUCAUGCAGCUCCGCAAAAUCCGAGACCAGUACUUUAUAUGGCUGACUCAGAAAGGGACAGGGCAGAAGAAGAUCAAUGAAUGGCUGGGCAUAAAGAACGAUGCAGAUGACUCCUUCUCACUGGAGGAGGACGAAGGUUCACCCCACCAUGAUGAGAGUACGUGGUAUGUGGGUGACAUCAAACGCACCCAGGCUGAGGAGAUGCUGAGAGGCAAAUGCGACGGGACCUUCCUCAUCCGUGAGAGCCAAUCACAGAAGGGCUCCUACGCCUGUUCUGUAGUUGUGGAGGGAGACGCCAAGCACUGUGUCAUCUACAAGACGGCCACCGGUUAUGGAUUUGCCGAGCCCUACAACCUGUACUCGUCCCUCAAAGACCUGGUGCUCCACUACAAAAACGUCUCCUUGGUCCAACACAACGACCACCUGAAUGUAAACCUGGCCUACCCGGUCAUGGCCCCCUCUCAGAACCAGAACCAGCACCCCAGAUGAAUCGUUCACCAGCAGUGUCGGGACGCCAACCAGGGAGGGGAAGCACACUUUUCAGUCAUUGCAUUCGAGGGGGGAAAAAAAAGAUCCUCUCAACAAAGCUUUUUCUUUUUCUGGCGAAGAGAAAUGGACUCAACCGACUAUUAAAAAUUCAUGCGUUUUUUGCUCGAGGCUGGAGCCGAUUUCCCGCACCAGCUGCAGUCCAGCAAAGAGCACUCCUUGCUAACAGCACGGCUUUCAAAUGAGCACACGACCACCGGUAUGGAAGCACUGUACAGUUCGCCUGGCCGACGCCGUUUCGAGCGCCGCGUUAGCCAAAAUUCACAUGACAAUACGUUUUAUGAUUCAGAAAAAGACUAAAUGUGUUCAAAGAAGUCAAAAAUAAGCACACCAGAUGUUUUUCAAGAUUGUGGAGAACGGAAGAGAAACCCUGACGUGGGAUGAAUUUACAGGAGGCACUUUUCGUUUUGUUUCCAUUCGUUUUUGCCUCGACCGCGUGCUGACUGUCGACAGACAAAGGCCCGAUCUGUCCUCCCCCUCAGAGCACCGCUCGCCGACCAUCACGGGUGUUGUCACUGGAGCCGAAGGGGGUGAGGAGGGGAGGAGGGAAGUUGCUGGGGUGGAUUUCUUUUCUUUCUUUCUUUUUUUUUUUAUGGGUUUUAAAAAGAUAGAUGAUUCAUUUUCUAGCUUGCUGAAGUGCCAUAGUAAUAGCUUUGAAUGACACCAGGCCUGUGCCACUGAAACAAGGGGGCACGACGGGGUGGAAGGAGGAAAUAAACCGUUGUCGACAUAGACAAAGCUACAGCUUUAAAAAAAAAAAAAACCUUUUUAAAAAAAUCCACUCUUAUGGUUCUAUUUUUAAUGAAAUGACCUUCGUUUGCAACUGCUGUGACUCGUUGCUCCCUCCGUCUUUGGGCGUCGUUUGUAAUUGACGAGGUACGUCACACAGUAAACACUGUGUGACGAAAGAAUUGCAUGGUACAUCUUUGGUAUAUUGUGAAUAUAGACUCACAAUACACUAAAUGCAGGGGGUACAUUUAUUAAAUGCAGUUCCACAUGAUUCGGGUUUCCUUCUAAAUGGAAAUCUCGAGCAUCAAACGUCUUCGUUUCAAACACCUUUUUUUCAUCCUUUUUGAUACUGUAGCACAUGUAGCCGUUGACUUAAGGCUUAACUGUUAGUGCUCCUCUCACGUGUCUUGUUUCUAUAUGCUUAGGACACUUGUAGAGCAUCAGUCUGUGUGAUUCUUGUAUCUUCGGUACUGUAUUUGCCUUCACGCUUGCUAGAUUAGAUUAGUUUUAGCGGUACAACGUCGUUGAAGAUGUGUUUUUUUUUUUUUUUUUACUCACGGUACUUCCUUCCAGCUCGCGCUUUACUGUACAUUUCAUCACAAUUUUGACUCAGAGCUGUAAAACAUUUGUGUAAAAGAGAAAAAAAAGCAGUAAUAUAACUCAUGUACAGUAUAUUUUAGACACACAUGCGGUAAGUGUGCAUGACUUUCCACAGCUCCAUCGCUGUGUUUCUGUAUGUUUAUCACAAUAAUUGCUAUGCUCUUAGAUUCUGUUUUAGGGUGCACAGUAUCCAGCUAAUGUGAGCCAAAUGAAGGAUAUAUUUUCAUGUAGCAAGAAAAAAAGAAAAAGAAAAAAGAAGAAGCAGUCCUUUCGGCGUUCAGCGUGGCCUCUGUGGUCUGCGAGAUCAUCCCGUACAGCACGCAUGGACUCCUUCAUUUGGCGGUUGUUUUUUUCUUUCUUCACUCGGCACCAGCGGUUGGUAAUUGUACUUUUUUUUGCAGUGCAAAUACAGUAUAAUGUGUGGUAGUACUAAUGCACAACGCGAGUGGAAGGAUGCGUUUCAGAUGACAGAGAUCGGUUCCCUCCACCUGCGCAUCUCAGUUUCCAUCGCUGAGGUGAAGAUUGUACCGCCGUCGAUCUCUUGUCACUUUCAAAGCAGAGUUUGUUCGUUUUCGAGAGAGUCUUUGUUGUGUUGUUGACGAAAAGAGCCGUCACAUGAUGCCUCUUUUAUAUUUGAUUUACACAGUUGAUUUCAUCAGAAUGAAUGACUAAGUAAGCUCUCAAAUGUCUUGCGUGUCGUACCCUCAAAUUGCCAAAAAGUAAAAAAAGUAUUUUUGUAGAAAGCGGAAAACAAUGUUGGCAAUAGAAGGUUUUGGAAAGAAAGUGCACCGUUUUAAAGGUUGCACAUUUUGGAUUUGUUUUUUAUUUCUAUUUUUUUGAGAGGGAUAUUAAUUGUAGUGAGACAUUUUACCUCCUCUUCUGGUCCUAAAAGUUGAAUACGUACGUUCAUCAGAAGACCUAAGCUUCCAACAAACCCAUUGGGCGUCGUAUCAUUUCCGUUUUGGAAACGUUAAUUUACAUAUUUCAGGUAACUACAUUUUCUAAACAGACCAAUCACACUUGCAAAUGAAACCUAACAAGUUUAAACCAAGCCGCCAUUUUGAUUCCGGUCAGGACGAAUCAGCGUUACCGUUCUUUGCACAGUUCCCCAGACGUUCCCAAGAAUGAAACUGGAGGUGACGGCGGUGCUUCUGAUUGGAGGUCUAUGAAGACGUGUGAGGGAGGGAGAUUAGAAGUGCCUUUGGUCAUUGUGACGAGCUCGUCUUCUCCUCGUCGAUGAGGGCGCCACCGCCACCACCUCCUGCUGUGCCCCGUGAUUCACACCUUUGACAUUUUAUCAAAGACUUGGAGGGUAACUGGCGGAUGGUUGGCGGUGCCGUACGAGUGCUUGUGUUGGAACAAAUCGGAGCAUGUUUAAGAUUUGAGGUGUGCCUCUUUGUCUCUAUGUAGUUGUUGCAUAUUCUACGGCGGGGGCCGUAAGGAGCUUUGUGCUCCGUCUCACUGCAUCAAAGCUUUGGUGUUUUUUUUCUUUCUUUUUGUCUUUUUUUUAAUUCUGUCUGGUAUGUGCUUUCUGAGAAAUCUCCGAUAAGAUAGAAAUGUGAACCGUACGCAUCCGUGGCCCCGCCCGGUUAUUUGAAGCUCCCUCGAUAAGCUCCCGCGUUGAUGCAUGCAGCGUUUCUCAGUGUUUUAUAUUCAGUCGGUUGAGUCGUCCGCCGCUGCUGACGCACCAAUAUGCAGUUUGUUGGACCAACACUUUUGUGACUGCACUUUUCUUUUCUUUUUCUGUUUGUUUGUCCCUCGCGCUCAGCGGUGUGUCUACGGCCCAGCAACCAUAAACCCACAGACGGUGGUGAAGCUCAGUUGUCUACAGUGUUUUUAGUUGAUACUUUUAAGGUCUUUCCAUACGGUAUAUCAGUUUUCUUUAUGAUAUUGGAGCAUACAGUGUACAGUAUAUGCCUGUGUUUUUACGGUCAACAGCUGUCAAAUAAUUCUGAUGCUUUUUGACUGAUUGCAAUGUUUUUGUAAUGGAGUUACUUUUACUACAUGGACUAUAUCGACUCUAAUACUUAUGAAACCAACUUUAAGGAGAGCUGCUGGCUCGUUUUGCAAUUUGUGUCCACACAGCAAAAAGAUGAGUACAUGGGAUUUUCCCCCAAAUGAUUAAAUAAAAAAAAGUGUUUUCACUUACUACCAGUAACAUUUCAACAUGUAUAUUUUGAGUGGUUCACAGGGAGGUCAGUGUAUCAUCCAGAGUAACCCAAACAUUGUUACUGAAAACACUCUUUGCCGUCGAGUUUGAAUAGAAGUGAAAUGACGCUGCUGGGUGGGCAGUAAAUUAAAACAUUUGUGUCAUUUUGUUUAAAAAAAACAACCAUAUAUAAAAACACUUGUGGGGAAAUCGUGCCAGCGGGUUGCAGUUUAAACCUAAAAGAGGUUUGUUUGAAAGACUCGUUGAACCAGAUGGUUCUGCUUCCAUUGAAGCGAUUCGCUCGGCGGAUCCUGUUGCUUCGGGAGGAAACCGAAACGUAGAGCCGGAUCACUUGUUGAGAUUAAAUUUUUUUUACAGUGCAGCAAAACACUUUAAUCUGCCGCGAAUGCCACGUUAUAACACACAUGUUUAAUAGCUGGAAGCAACGCAGCUUUUGUAGCCAUGAAACCUGUUGAGGGGUCAGAGGGCGGCGAGGAAGGCUUUAAUGAGCUCUGACCUCGAGUUAAGACUUCAAGCCCACUUUCGGUAUUCUGAAACUCAAAGCUUUCAUCCUGCUCAUCUAGUAGAUACGGAUUUGUGUCGGAGCUUCUCGAAAAAACAUUUUUCUAUAUGACAACUGAUCAUUCGGGGAAUGAGGUAUUUUUUUCAUCGGCUUUGGUACACUGUAAACACAGCACAUCUUUCACUGAUUACAAAGAAACACAUAUUUGGUGUCGAUUAAAGUUUGAAGAAUGAGAGACCAUAGAGGAUAAAUAUUUUGAUAUAUAUAUAUAUAUAUAUAUACGUAGAUAUCUAUAUUUUUGGAUGAUGUAAUUUGGACUGUGCUUGAAACAAAUCAGAAAGAGGCUUCGAUGUGAACGUGAUCUUGAGAGUUGCUGCGUUGCGCUCGAGCAGUUAUUGAAACGCAAGCGUUCUUACUAAUUGGCUGCAGUGAGCUUCAUCGUGAUCAGCAACACGCUUUGUGGUCACGGCCGAUCCGCAUACAUGUAAUCUAUAAAGCAUGAUUAUCAGGUGCGUUCAGAGGAAGAAGAAAGCGCAUGUACAUGUGUUAAUAUUUACAGAGCCGAGUCUAUAUGUUAAACGCAGUCUUGGCUGCUUUGCAUUUUAUUAAAUAUUAGUUUGUUUUUGUUUGUUUUUCUUGACCACGAGAAUCUGUUUGGUCAGUUGGAAGCUUCUGUUUUUUUUGUGAAUAGAUGGAGUGUUUAAAAAGUGCACCACAAAAGAUACACUUCCAGUAGGAUGCUGGCGCAGCGUGGACGCCGACGCUGUGACAAACAACACCGUCCUUUGGUCAGAGACACAGAGUGAAAAGCUACAUGGAUAGUUUGUUACCCUCCUUUGUACAGGAGGUCAGAGCGUGUUCUUUUAUGGUGCCCAAGUAUGUUCUUUUUUUAUUUUAUUUUUAUUUGUCUUUUGAAAAAAGCUGAUGAAAGUCAGUGUCGGUUAGUUUUUGUUUGUUUGUUCAUUUCUGUUAUUGAUAACCAUACAGAGCCUAUAAAAAAUAAAUAAGCUAGGUUGAUUUUUUUUUUCCUCCGUACAGAAAAAAAGAAAAUACAAAUGUUUACAAUAUGUAAAUAACCAAAUAGUAAAUAUGCGUUUGAGAAUCAAUCUGUCUGUCCCUCAAAGUGACUGUAAUAGAUUGAUUUAUAUUUCUUUAUUUCUUCUGUCAUUUUAAACUUGAAAAUGUUAUGACUGCUUGUUCUGUUUUUUGCUUUUCUUCUGUUUUGGUUUGUUCUUUCUUUUUUUUUUCUUAUCAAUUUUAUCUCCUGAGAACAGUGCUCCCUCGAUAUGAACAUAUUAGCCCAAGAUUCAUUUUUCUCUCGAUUUGACUUAUUCAUCUGUCUUGUUGAACAUGCUUGAGGAAAGUUUUAUUACAUAAACACAGCGGAAGGUUCCGGGAUAACUAUCUAGAGGCAUUGUGUUCUUGAUUUGCACUAUAAAACCAAUUUAAGAUGGCUGAUUAAAGGAAAUUUUAGACCAAAUUUGCCCCAUGUUAGUUUCAUCUUGUGGGAUUUCCAUUUGAAAUAUUGGGAAAUUAACAACACUGCACUUUCAUUUCCUCUUUGUCGGUCUGUAUCCAAUCUUCUUAAACCUUCCCUUUCUUAGUCUCGACUUUGACCUAAAACGUUGCCUUUUGUUGUAGUGCUUUUCACUGGUGUACAGUAGUUCAUUUUUGGGGGGGGUGACAUUAAAGAUCACUAACAAUUCACGAGCCGUAUCAGCAUCUUUACACUAAUCACAACUCCACGCCUUGUCUGCUGUGCUCCACCAUGUUGCCCAACAAGUUGACUAAUGCAUCACUGCCUCAGCAGCAACACAUACACCGCUCUUACUGCAUAGUUAACAAUAACACAUUUUAUUCCCCCAAAAACAAUGAAUGCAUAUAAUUGGGGCAGUCGGAUGAAGCUACUCUACACCAAAGUGCAAUUGAACUCAGAGGGAGCACUGUUGUUUCAGCCAGUAGAAGCCUAUCGGUUGAUGCACAGAAAUACGGUUCUUCUCCUUCACUUCUCAUGUGUUGUCCUCCCUCCCGUUGGUCUGCCGUUUAAUUAGAUGCGACAUUUCUUUCUUUCUCUCUCGUGUACAGCUUGCUUCAGAGUUUGUCCUCAGACGGGUACUAUUUCAUCUGUACGGUACUUAGGCUGAUGCAAUGAUUUAAAAGACAAUAAAAGACGUAUAAAAUGAA